AUGGGCAAGAGAGUCGUUCUGCUUUUACCGGCAGACCCAAAGGUGAGGCUGCUUUGGCUCCCGAUUCUGGCCCAGCUGGUUAAGGCCGGCCGCGUACCACGGAAAGAUGACGAGACAGCAGGGGCAAAGGCGAACUACUGGGAACAGCUCAGCCCGAGCGGCACAGCGCCAUCCGCGCGGUAUCGCCACACCGCGGUGUGGAGCCCGGCUGCGAACGGCUUCUACGUGUUCGGUGGGCGCAGUGGUGGCAGCCGUCUCAACGACCUGUGGUUCUACGGGCGCGAGGCCAGUGAGGGCCAUCGCGAGCUUUUGGCUCGUCAUGGAUGCAAACUUGUGAAGUACUGGCAAAUUUUAGCACCACAGGGUGUUCUCCUUGGGCCACCUUCCAUGUUUCGAUUCGAUCUACACGCAGCUUUCCACGAAGAGAUGCUCAGCAUCAGACAUGCCUUUCAGGUGAACAGCUGGGAACAGGUCAGCCCGAGCGGCACAGCACCAUCCACGCGGUAUUCCAACACCGCGGUGUGGAGCCCGGCUGCGAACGGCUUCUACGUGUUCGGUGGGUAUGAUAGUGGCUAUCUCAACGACUUGUGGUUCUACGGGCGCGAGGCCAGUGAGGGCGUUCUCCUUGGGCCAUCUUCCAUGUUUCGAUUCGAUCUACACGCAGCUUUCCGCGAAGAGAUGCUCAGCAUCAGACAUGUCUCGCAGGUGAACAGCUGGGAACAGGUCAGCCCGAACGGCACCAAGCCAUCCGCGCGGUAUCGCCACACCGCGGUGUGGAGCCCGGCUGCGAACGGCUUCUACGUGUUCGGUGGGUCUGGUGGCCCGGGCCCUGAGAGCACGUCAGAGGCAGCACGACUGCGGGCUGCGUGGCCGUGUGUGGAGUGCAUCACUGAGGUGAACAGCUGGGAACAGGUCAGCCCGAGUGGCACAGCGCCAACCGGGCGGGAAGCCCACACCGCGGUGUGGAGCCCGGCUGCGAACGGCUUCUACGUGUUCGGUGGUUCUUCUGGCCCGGGCCCUGAGAGCAGGUCAGAGGCAGCGCGACAGCGGGCUGCCUGGGAACAGGUCAGCCCGAACGGCACCAAGCCAUCCGCGCGGCAAAGCCACACCGCGGUGUGGAGCCCGGCUGCGAACGGCUUCUACGUGUUCGGUGGGCAUGAUGAUGGGUGUUCUCGAGCCAGUUUUUUGUGA